AAUGAAUGAAUCUACACUCUAAAGUAUGUCUAUGUUCAUCGGUAUGUAAUCUAUAGUGGAAUUUUUUUAAAGACUUAUAUUUAGGAACGGAGGAAGUACAUGCCAAUUAAGUUACAAACAAGGCUAUGUUAAGUUCCAGAUGUACGACACAUGAAUAUAUCAUGGUGCAAAACCAGCAAUUAACACCACAAAACAUCCUCCGAUAAGUUAGCACGUCCGUCAGGGCCAAAUGCCAAACACGAUGUAGGGAGGAGAGAAACCAGCUGGUCCACACGCUAUAUCCUGCCAUUUUACAUGCAAGAUAUGUAGAGAGCACCUGGCAUGGCAUCCAUUUAUAGUAGACCUCAAUGGACGAUCUGCUUGGUUUUGACAUUUGGAACUGACCGCACAAAUGCAGUUGUCCCGGUGUUUGGUACAGAGAUAAUGAUGUACCCAAUAGGCAGAUACUGAACGGGCAUGGCAGGGGAGCAUUUUGUGCUUGUUCAUGGGGAAGGGCAUGGAGGGUGGUGCUGGUUCAAGCUCCGGUGGCUCCUUGAGGGCUCUGGCUACCAGGUGACCUGCAUAGACCUUGCUGGAGGCGGCGUAGACCCUACCGACCCCAACACCGUCCGGUCAUUCGAGCAGUAUGACAAGCCGCUCCUGGGCCUCAUCUCUGCCUUGCCGGAAGGCGAGAAGGUGAUUCUCAUUGGGCAUGGAAUUGGAGGGCUGAGUGUGAUUCAUGCAAUGCAUGAAUUCGUUGACAGAAUUAAGCAAGCAAUAUUUGUGGCAGCUGCUAUGCUGCCAUUUGGACUUCAGACUGAUGAAGAUAAGAAAGAUGGCUUACCAAGUUUGCCUGAAAAUGAGACCGAGCUGACAUUCGGUGCAGGAGCAGAUGAUCCUCCAACUACAGUCGCCUUGAGAUUAGAAUUCCAGCGUGAUCGACUAUCACAACAAAGCCCUGAGGAGGACUCAAUACUGGCUUCAAUGCUGAUGCGCCCAUGGCCUGCGAGUGCUAUUGGUACUGCAAGCUUUGAAGGAGCUGAUGAGAGAUUGAAUCGAAUAAAGCGAGUUUUCAUAAAGACACAGCGUGACCACAUGCUGGACCCUCAGCAGCAAGAUUCCAUGAUCAAGAAGUGGCCACCCAGCGAGGUUUUGGUCAUAGAUACAGACCACAGCCCCUUCUUCUCUGCACCAGAACAGCUCUUUAACCUAAUAGUCAAAUCUCUAUGAUGCAAAUAUGCAGAUUACUGAACUCUCAAUAGUGGGCUUGUCAAAUUCUUGUAACAUGACAUAUACUAAGUAUCCGAGUUAGGAUAACAUCUUUGUGAAGCAUGUUUCUCAGGGAAUCUUCAAGACAAAUCUGGAUAAAUGGUUUAAGGCUGUAAGUAAAGCUGGUUUAGGGUAAACAUUACCCUGCAAUUUGUAAGAAAGUAACUCAAAUCAGGCCUACAUAAUUUUCAUUUUAGAUAAGCUUACGUGUUAUUCCAAAAAUAAAGGACCGGGCCAAAGGUGUUGAAGUGUAUAUAUGGCUUGUCUAGCCCUUUUCAUCACUUUGGACUUCUGGUUGCAUUAGCUACACAUGAAGCUUAGCAUGGUAUCAAACCAUAAGGUCUUGAGUUCAAGUCCUAGCUUUCGCAAUUUAUCCAAAAAUUGUUGCUGCCCCCCUCUAUGUCCACGUAUAAUAAGCCUCUUGAGCCAUACCUCUGAGUCUAUUCACGUAUUGACUUCCCGCCUCAUACGUGAGAAAAGGUGUUGAAGUGUAUAUGUGGAUUUCCUAACCCUUUCCAUCAGUUCGGAUUUUUGGUUGCAUUUAGUCGUUAUCUUUUCCUCAUGAACCAGCAUUAGCCGCUGAUAUUCAAGCCAGCCAAGCAGAAUGUUUUAGCUUAGCUAAGCUUUGCAGUAACACUUUAAUUGCUGGAUCAGAUAAGUUCAUGAGCAGCAAGAUUCCAUGAUCAAGAAGUGGCCACCCAGCGAGGUUUUGGUCAUAGAUACAGACUACAGCCCCUUCUUCUCUGCACCAGAACAACUCUUCAAUCUAAUAGUCAAAUCUCUAUGAUGCAAAUAUGCAGAUUAUUGAACUCUCUAUAGUGUAGCCCCUUCUUCUCUGCACCAGAACAACUCUUCAAUCUAAGAGCAUCUCCACCCACCCCCCAGGAUGCCCCCCAGGACACCUUUUUUAGGUUUGGUAUUAGGCUCGGGGACGCUUUUUGGCCAAAAAACGGCCCAGCCACGCCCCCAGCACCCCCCAGGACAUCAAAAUAGCACUGGCAAACCCAGGCGAAACCCAGCACGCUGGGGGGUUCUUGGGGGCGCCGGCGGAAGUUUCGGCGAAUCGUGUCUCCCCACGUGUCCUUUUUCUCGGCCCACUUAAUCAUUUCCCUCACAAACUUUUGGUUGGGGUUAUU